AAAUGUUCAGUGGGAAACAUUUCAUAAUUGUAGAAGUUUUCCUCUGACCCACAAAGUCUCUGACUUUAUGUCAACGAACAGUUCCUUCAGUUGACUCGUUAGGAACCCAGUUCUUCUUGGAGUUCUAUGCUGCAUAGUGACACUAGAGUCAGUUCAAGUUUGGUGUGGUGGAGUCUAAAAGGUGGUAGCCACAGAAGCUUCUCCAUUGCCACACGGAGUGACUGCAGAAGGUGGUGUGCACACAGGUCUACAACAAACCGUCAGGUAUAUGGUGCCAUUUUUCACAUUAAAAAUAAAAACCCAUUCAACUUGGAGGUGCUGGUGGAUGCCUGGCCAGAUUAUCAGAUAGUCAUUACUCGGCCUAAGAAAGAGGAGAUGAAAGAUGAUCUGGAUCACUAUACCAACACUUACCACAUCUUCAUCGAAGCUCCUGACAACCUGGAGGAAGCCCUGGCAUCCCCCCAGGUUAUCAACUGGGAACAAGCCUUCCAGAUCCAAGGUUGCCAAGAGAACUUGGGUGAGGCCAUAAGAAAGGUUUCAGCUUCAAAAUCAGUGCAGGUGGAUUACACGAAGACCACGCUUUUUACAUUAGAUAUAUCAGAGAAAUUCAAGACAUCAAGUGAUGGCAAUGUGAAUUUGAUGGAGCUAAUUAAAAGUUCCGACAUGGAUGAAGCUAGCAAGAAAGGAAAUUUUCUGAGCAUCUUCUUGGAUGCCUCACAUGCAGGGCUUGUGAAUGAGCAUUGGGACUAUGGAAAAAAUGAGAGGAGCUUGAAAUAUGUUGAACACUGCCUCCAGCAUUUUCCAGGAUUUGGUGUGCUGGAUCCAGAGAGGGUUCUUAUUUCUUGGGUUGUGAUGGAACAGUCCUGUGAGAUAAGAAUGGGAUAUACUGUUCCUAAAUACCGACGCCAAGGCAACAUGAUGCAAAUUGGUUAUAAUGGGAUAGAGUAUCUUAUUCAGAAAAAAAUACCGUUCUAUUUUCAUGUGGCAGAUGAUAGAGAAGGUUACAUACAGACACUGACAAAAAUUGGAUUUAAGUGUCUUCCUUGUGGAUGGCAUCUUUGGAAGUGCACCCCCAAGAAAUAUUGCUGAUUAGUGCCAUUGUCCAUUUUGAGCCUUUCUUAUCAGUGAAAACCCAUCAGUACAAACAUGGUAAUCUGUAUUAGUGCAAAAAAAAAAAUCAUCCAGUUAUCUGGGGUCCAUGAAUUACCUAAGCUCAUCCUUAUAUAAUAUUUUAAUUUUCCUCCUCAUUCAAUUUAUAGAAAAUUAGGAGCUUGUCCCGUGGAUGCCAUACUUUUCCUUGAUAGGGACAGACAUUUCAGAAUUAAAAUCACCCAAUGUCAAUCAUUAGUGCCAAGAGAAUCCUUUAAAAGCAAUAUUUUCUUCUUUGAAGAUGUCUUUUGUGAAAAAAUCCUGUUUUUUCAUGCUCCUAUCUUUGAAAAUAAAAAAUCUGCUUUGAAA